AUGCUGCAUGAAAAUAUUCAACGAUCGUCAACGAAUAGAUGUUCGAUUCUUUCUCAAAAGUGCAGCCACCCGAAAGGUUCACAGGCCGGAUUAGUCACGGUUCAACUGCGAAAAUUAACUGCUAUUAGUAACGGGGGAUGGGAAGCCGAACCGAUUCCACAAGAACUUCAGAAUGUAUAGUUCUUGGGCCAAGAAUGCUAGCCAACUAUAAAUUUCAAUCUGAUAUUAAUUCUCUUUUGGAGCAGACUUCUGGAGUGCCAGUUUGUUCGAAGAAAAUUCUAUAG